AACCCAAAACUAACUAUCCAGCCGGCAGCUUGAACUAAAAUGAAAGUUGUUUUCUUAGAAGAGCUAGAGAUGGAAUGGAUCGAUUUCAGAAAGUAGGUAGGUGUAGAUUGAAAAGGGAGCAGAUCGAUCAUCAAGUAGGAUACAUAGGAUGGGGUGCAUAUGCUCCACUAGUGUUAGCUGGCCGCAUACGCUGGAUCCGACUCUUCUUGCUGAACAAACCCCAUUCACGGUAAGGGAAGUGGAGGCCUUGUAUGAGCUUUUUAGCAAGUUGAGCAGGAACAAGGAUGGUCUCAUUCACAAGGAAGACCUUCAGCUUGCUCUCUUCAACAACAGAAACAAACAAAAUUUCUUUGCAGAUAGGAUAUUCCACGUCUUUGAUUUAAAACGCGACGGAGUCAUCGAGUUUGAAGAGUUUGUUCGAUCUUUAGGUGUUUUUCACCCCAACGCACUUGUAGAUGAUAAAAUCACCUUUACGUUCAGGCUUUAUGAUCUCAGACAUACUGGUUUCAUUGAAAGAGAAGGGGCAAGUACUAUUAUUAUUAUUUUCAUAUUCCUUUUAAUUAAGAUGCUGCAUGCUGCAUUUAUUUAUUGUUGUGUUUGUACAAACAGUUAAAAGAAAUGGUGAUUGCAGUGUUACACGAGUCUGAAUUGGUUCUCUCGGAAGAUAUGAUCGAAGUUAUUGUGAACACAACAUUUAACGACACGGAUACCAAGGGGGAUGGAAUAAUAGAUGAAGAGGAGUGGAAGCAUUUCGUACAAAAGAAUCCUUCCCUAAUAAAGAAUAUGACCCUUCCAUACUUGACGGAUAUGACGUUGAGGUUCCCAAGUUUCGCUCAUGAGGAUUAAGAGAUGCAAAGGAUUUUCCGUACUUCAAUAAAUUAAAACGGAAAAACAAGAAACUCUUCUACUUAUGUUGUGUUUUUAACGAUAUUCACACAUCCCGGCCUAUUAAAAAGAACAAACUCAUAUCUCAAACGAGGGUUGUGCCCUGGGCCUUAUUAGUAUAGCACUAGCCCAUAAAUGGACAUCUAGCAAAAAUUGUAUAAUAAUUCUAUA